AGGACUUUGUUUAUAGAGACAGAGAGAGAGAGAGAGAAAGAGAGAGCCACAGCGGGAGGGCAGCGAAACCUGGAGAAAUUUCCAUCGCUGACCAAGACUCUGGGCCCAUAGGCCUGGGCGGUUGGGGGCCGAGGGAGGACCGAGCGCUUUAGCCGGAACCACAAAGUCCAAGCCCAGAGUAGCCACCUUUUCCUUUGCCGGAACAGAAGGAGUCCGAGCCCGGCUCCCCGCAGGAGAUCAUGGCCAGGAGAAUCGCCAUCAUCGGAGCCGGGGUCAGCGGGCUCAGCUCCAUCAAGUGCUGCCUGGAGGAGGGGCUGGAGCCCACCUGCUUCGAGAGGACCCAGGAUAUCGGGGGGCUCUGGAGGUUCGAGGAGAAACCCGAGGAUGAGAGGGCCAGUAUCUACAGGUCAGUGGUCAUCAACACGUCCAAGGAGAUGAUGUGCUUCAGCGACUACCCUAUCCCUGCGGACUUUCCCAACUACAUGCACAACUCCAAGAUCAUGGAGUACUUCAGGAUGUACGCUGAUGCCUUCGACCUCCUCAAACACAUCCGUUUCCAGACCACCGUGUGCAGCGUCAAGAAGCGGCCGGACUUCUCCACCUCAGGCCAGUGGGAGGUGGUCACCGAGUCAGCCGGGAAGCAGGAGUCGAGCAUCUUUGACGGGGUCAUGGUGUGCAGUGGCCACCACACCUUCCCCCACCUGCCCCUGGAGUGUUUCCCUGGCAUUGAGCACUUCAGAGGCCGAUACCUCCACAGCCGCGAAUACAAGAGCCCUCAGUCCUUUGCGGGGCAGAGGGUCGUCGUGAUCGGCCUGGGGAACUCUGGCGGGGACCUGGCAGUGGAGAUCAGCCAGGUUGCCAAGCAGGUCUUCUUGAGCACCAGACGGGGUGGGUGGAUCCUGAACCGGGUUGGAAACAAUGGCUACCCCACAGAUGUUGUUAUUUACACCCGCUUCAACUUGGCCAUCAAGCAGUUCUGUACCUACUCCAUAAUGAACUUUUGGCUGGAGAAGAAGUUGAACUCAAGGUUCAACCACGAAAUGUACGGACUGAAGCCCAGACACAGACCUCUGAGUCAGCAUCCGAUGGUCAACGACGACCUGCCCAAUCGCAUCAUCUCCGGCCGAGUCCUGGUCAAGGCCAACGUGACGGGGUUCACGGAGACGGCCGUGCUCUUUGAGGACGGCACCAGAGAGGAGGACAUUGACGUGGUCAUCUUCGCCACUGGCUACAGCUUCGCCUUCCCCUUUUUGGAGGACUCGAUCCGUGUGGUCAAGAACAAGGUCUCCUUGUAUCGCCACGUCUUCCCUCCGCAGCUGGAGAAGCCCACGCUGGCUUUCAUCGGCCUCAUCCAGCCGCUGGGGGCCAUCAUGCCCAUUUCCGAACUCCAGGGCCGCUGGGCCACCCAGGUGUUCCAAGGGCUGAAGACGCUGCCUACUGAGAGUGAGAUGCAGGCAGAGAUCACCAGGACCAGAACAGAGAUGGAACACAGGUACGUGGAGAGCCAACGCCACACUAUCCAGGUGGAUUACAUGGAGUACAUGGAGGAGCUGGCCGACCUGGUGGGCGUGAGACCCCGGCUGCUGCGCCUGGCCCUCACCGACCCCAGGCUGGCCCUGGAGAUGUACUUUGGGCCCUGCACCCCGCUCCAAUACCGCCUGGAGGGGCGGGGAAAGUGGGAGGGGGCUCGUCUGGCCAUCUUGGGCCAGGGGGAGAGAAUCAUCAAGCCCCUUCAAACCAGGAGCCUCAGUCCCGAUGGGCCCAGCACCUCAGGUGUGACCCUGCUCAAGGUGGGGCUGGCCGUGGCCAUCUUGGCCUUCAUCCUGGUGUACAUGUAGCCAGCCCAGGCCGGGCGGUGGGGGAGAAGGGACGCGUGCCUGGGUCUGUCCCCAUUUCCCCUGAGGGACCUAGAACACAAGCGCCCCUCCCGCCUCUCCCUCUAUAAAAAACAAAAGAAUUAUUUUUUUGCAUAUAAAAGAAAUGGGGAUUGGGCAAAAUCGGAAACUACAAUCACUGGGGUCGAUUUCUCUGGCAGCUAAUAACAGGGCGGUGCCAAUAUCGGGCCAAAGGAGUGGGAAAUCUAAUCCGGGCAUCGAAUACAGAUCCCACCCACCAGUUCU